CGUCUCUCUCUCUCUCUCUGUCUGGCCGCCAUGGGUCAUCAGCAGCUUUACUGGUCCCACCCUAGGAAAUUCGGCCAGGGCUCCCGCUCAUGCCGAGUCUGUGCGAACCGACACGGCCUGAUCCGGAAAUAUGGCCUCAACAUGUGCCGCCAGUGCUUCAGACAAUACGCUAAAGAUAUCGGCUUCGUCAAGCUGGACUAAAUUACAAAA